AUGACAACAGAGGAGAUUUCAAUUGAAGAGACAAACAUACUAAGAGCGAAGGUUGGCCUUCCUCCAAUUCCUGUAGCCGAUGAAAAGCCAAGAGAAUACAAAAAGGAUCUAUCACUCGAGGAAACGAACAAAUUACGUAUAUCAUUAGGUUUAAAUCCUAUAGAAGUGAAGUCCGAAGAUAUUGAACAAGACCAUUUCAGGGCAUUUCAAGAAGGAAAGGAAAAACAGAGAAAGGAUGAAGAGCUCAUACAUAGGCUACAUAUUGCCAAAGAUAAAAAGGAAAGAAAGAGGAAAAUAGCAGAUAAUAAUCAUUUGUACAAUGAUGAUGAGGUCACCACCGAUAGUUGGUUAGAUAGCUUGACCAUAAAGAAGCCUAAGUCCAUAGAACGAAUCAUAAAAGCCAAUAAUGUUGAUACUAAUGAGAUAAGUGGACAAAUAGCACAUAGUAGCAGAGAUUUACAGGAUUUGAAGGAUGAUGAAAUUUUGACUUUGAAUGAUAACCACAUACUAGAUGAGACUGACCAAUUGAGUAAUGAAAGAUUAAAAGGACAAACAAAGAUAAAGAAAGAUUUGGAAGAGAAAAACAAAGUUAGGGAUAUCAAAGGUGGAAGGUAUUAUUCUGCUACCAAUGAAGAAGAUGAAGAGGAGUUUGUUAAAUUGAAUGGCUCUGAAAUUAAGUUCAAUGAGAAAGUGGAAGUUACCCAAAAUAAAGGUAAAAAUAGAGCUGAAUUUGAUCUAUUUGAUGAAUUCGGUGAACCCCCAAAGGUGAGAAAACCCACGAAAAUGAAAAGGAUUAAGAAAAAAGAGAAUAAGUCAAGGGUGAAGGACGACACUAUAACCAUUCAAACUGUGGAAUUAGAACCCUUUCUCAACGAGGAAGAAGACAUAGAGGACAAAUUAAGUUUACAAAGAAAGUUGAAACAACAGUCCAGAAAGUUUCUCAAACCUGAAGACAUUGCUAAAGAAAUACGGCAAUUCGAAAGAAUUCAACAAGAGGAGUUGGUUGAAAAGUUAACUUCGAAUGAUGGCGGGAUGCUUUUCGACCAAAUGGACGACUUUUUGACCAGCUUGACAGCAGAAGCUGCUUCACCCCGUGAGGUUAUUGAAAAGGAAGUGACGCUGCCAACAAAACUAGCAAAACCAGAAGCUGAUAUUGGCAAUCUUCGUAACAAUUCAGUACCAGAUGCAAAGGAAAUCCAAAUCAGUUCUUCAGCGACAAUCAAAAAAACGGAUGUUGGUUCUGGACUUGGACUGACUCUAAGAUACCUUAGAGAAAACAAUCUUAUCAAAGAAACCUCAGAAACUGUUAAACAAAGAAGUAAAGUUCUUUCUCAAGCCGAAGAAUUGAAACAAAGAAUGAAAAGACAAGAGGAAAGUGUCAGGAAAGAGUUACAAUCUGACUCAAAGUACCAAAGCUUAUCAGGUGUCGAGAAAGAAAAUUAUUUCAGAAGUAAGUUAGAUGACUACUUGCAAGCUCAUCGUCUGACAACGGACUUUUUUGAAAAAUAUCAACCAAAUGUCCAACUUACUUACCGAGACAGAAAAGGUAAUGCUUUGAGUACAAAGGACGCAUUCAAACAACUUUCUAGUGAAUACCACGGUACUUCUAAAGCUCAUAAUAAAAAAGACAGACAAAAUUCAAAAAAAAAAAGCUGA